AUGGCUGAGCAAGAAAGUGGCCAUAACUCGAGUGAGAGCAGCGAUGAAGACGAUCCUGUUGUUAAAGAGAUCGACGUCUACUUGUCUCAUCAUUUAAAGGAUAAUUUAUACCUGAUGAUGUAUCCGGUAAGGUCCACUCGGAUGCCUUACGCUGACACAUCAUGCAUGAAAGCUCGUAUCAAGCCAAAACAGCAAAAGGUUGAACUAGAAGUAGCGGUCGAUACUGAAAAAAAUUACUGUACAAAUAAAGGUGAAGAUAUGGCUCGAGCGGUCAAUGAAUCCAACUCUCUAAAAGGAAACAAUCAGACUUUUUAUAAUAGUUCUGUCAUGGAUAAGCAGGUGCUAGCUUCUAUGAAGGCAGAAAAUAAUGAUCGUUAUGCUGUAGGGAUUAUGAAAAAUAAUGCUUUACAUGUAACUCCUGUGCAAGCUAUGCUUCAGUUACGGCCUAGUUUUGAUUAUAUUAAUAUGGCAGAAAGUGCGAACGGUACAGGAAAAUUAGAUAAUAGCAAUAGCGGCAUUGUAAAAUCAGAUUCCGAAGAAGAGGAAGACAUUAAACCGGUUACUGUUCGAUAUGCUGUCCCUGAGUCUGAUCAAGCCAAGGCCUAUCGAAUUAGCUCUCACGCAUAUCUUGAAAAGAAGAAUGCUGAAGAACAAUGGAUUGAAGCAGAGUUUGUGGGUCGAGAUGAUACCAGGGCCACUGUGGAAAGAGAGUUAUUAACUAAUGGAAAUAUGGAUGAGAUUACAUGUGAUUACGGUAUAUCUGCCAAAGGCUAUUUGGAUGCGUUAAUGCCGCCUCCUCCAGCGGAAGUUAGUGUCUCGGUUAAUCCCGAAAAUAUCUUGUCCAUUACACAAUUGAAAACAAUGAGCUUACCAGAACAGAUUAAAUCGAUUCUUCUCAGUGGAACUACUAGCCCAAUUACUGGUAUCCCGUCUGAUAUGUUGUGCUUGGCUCGAGAUUAUCUGUUAUGGAAGUUUACACAAACUCGUAUAACCAGCAGGAAAGAAAUAUCUAUGGUAGUUAAGCUACCUAGCGAGGAUUUGAAAGAAAUCAUGACGCAAGUAGCCCUUCUUCGUGUCACAAAAGGUUGGGAAUUUUGCCUGCCGUACGAUUAUCAAUUUAUUGAAAGGUAUCCUGAUGUAGCUCAGCGACAGGUACAAUACUGGGAAAAGAAAUACCAGCAACUAAAAUUAAGGUUAAAAUUACCUACUCAACCGACUGGGGUCCAGUCAGAGACAGUACAAGAUAAAAAACCGGUGAUGGGUAAAGAUAAGGCAAUCAUAUCUGGCCAAGAACGUAUUAAAAUGGCUAAAAAACUUGCUGCGAAACAUGUAAAUGCAAACUCUAGUUCUGUUGACGGCCCAAGUAACAGCAAGAUUAAAAUUAACGUUCCCGAUGGGGCAAUAGCUCAGCAAAGUAAUUUUAACAGUAGCGAUGAUAUCAAAAUUAAGGAUGAGCCAAUGGAUGUGGACGAAUCUGUAGCAGAGACAACUGAUCGUAUGAACGAGCUUAAGCAGGCGGAAAAUGAUGACAAUAACAAUACUUCAGCUGUACCAGAUGAAUUAAUCGUUGUUGUAAAGAACUGGUUAUGCGAAAUCUUUGAUCGUUCAAUUUAUAGCUUAGAAACACUAAAAAGACGGUUAUUACUUUACCAAGGAACUUUAAAGGAGGAUCAUAUUAUGGCAAAAGGAGUUUCCGACAAUACGUUAAAGAGAUGUUUAAAAGAAAUUGGAGUGACAGAACUAGAACAUCAGCCUUUAUCACCAAAUGAAACACCCUCAAAGUUAUAUGUUAAACGGAAAUUAAAUGAAACUAAUGAUAAGUAUAGAGAAGUGUUGCUAGAUCUAUUUAAAGACAAGGCUAAACUACGCCGCAGGGAGAUUGUCUUAGCUAUGGUUGAAAAAACUGGCGAAGCACCAAAUGAUAAGCAAUAUCUAAAGAUUGUGAAGGACGUCUGUGCUAAUAAAGGCAGUAUGUGGUUCCUUAAUCCACUACAACAUUAA